UAUCAUGUACAUGCCACGGGUAAUUACAAUUGUAAAUAAAUAAAAAGAAAAGUAGUUAAUUAUGUCAUUCUACAUGUCAACCACGUAUUGGUACGAGAGGUCUUAGUCCCUUUCAUGAAAGAAAAAAUAUUAGCCUUUUCUUUACACUUUAAAUUUGGCAAGAGAAUAGUAACUAAUGGCUUUCAUUUUCUUGUUCUUUGGAUAAUAAGUAACUAAUAAUUUUUGUUAUUUUAAGUGGACUAAAAUUAGGCGUAACAUACUUUUAGGUAUCACUCAAUUUAUCUCUUUCAUUCUUUUGUCUUUCUUUUUCAUUUUUCUUUUGAUUAUUUUCUUUCAAGUUUUUCUUCGAGUAAAAGAGUUGUUGGACACACUUUUACGUGUGUUCAUGCAACAAGCUUCGAAGAACUGAGGUUUGGUUUUGGGGAUUCUCCCUUCAAAAUUUUUCAACCUUACCCUUUUACAUCCAAGAAAAUGGAAGUAAAAUAAUUUAACAAAGAAAAAUGAUAUGAAUUGUAGAAACUUUUAAUUUUCAAUCAAAUUUGUUUCUCUUGGGUUUGUUAAUCAGGAAAAAAAUCAAGCUUUGGAAAAAACAAAGCAUUGUAGCAAACCCGAAUAGUUGGGACCUUUGUCAAUAUUUUGUAGAGCAUAAUUUAAACAGAGGAAAGAAGAAAAUGGAUCUCUGGGCAGAAUUUCAUGCAGCAAGUUGGGGAAGGGAGUUUGUAGCAGGAGGAUUUGGAGGAAUUGCUGGGAUAGUAUCUGGUCAUCCAUUAGACACAGUGCGAAUAAGGCAACAGGUCUUAAACACCGGUGGCCAUGGCUCAUCAUCAGCAUUCACCAUUCUUAGAAAUGCUUUGGCUAAGGAAGGACCUGCUUCUCUCUAUCGUGGCAUGGGUGCACCUUUGGCCUCUGUUACAUUUCAAAAUGCUAUGGUUUUUCAAACUAAUGCAAUUCUCUCAAGAGUAUUUGGCAAAUCUGUUUCUCCUAAUGACCCUCCUUCCUUCAAGGGUGUAGCAUUAGGAGGAGUUGGCACAGGUGUCCUCCAGAGCCUAAUUAUUUCCCCGAUAGAGUUGGUCAAAAUUCGCCUUCAGCUUCAUCGCAAUGAAAAACACUUGAUAGAACAACCACAUAAAGGUCCUAUAAUUGUUGCCAAGAAUGUAUGGAGAAAAGAGGGACUAAAAGGAAUAUACAGAGGACUGGGCAUCACUGUUAUAAGGGAUGGACCUUCGCAUGGUGUUUAUUUUUGGACAUAUGAAUACAUGAGGGAACAGCUUCACCCAGGUUGUAGAAAAAGUGGUCAAGAAAGCCUAUGUACUAUGUUGAUGGCAGGUGGAUUAGCUGGUGUAGCAAGUUGGAUUGUUUGCUACCCUUUUGAUGUUGCAAAGACAAAGUUACAAGCUCAAACACCUGAUUCUUUGAAAUACAAUGGCACUGUUGAUUGCCUUAGAAAGAGUAUUAAGGAAGAAGGGUAUGGAAUUUUAUGGCGCGGAUUAGGAACUACAGUUGCUAGAGCUUUUGUAGUACAUGGUGUUGUUUUCACAGCUUAUGAGAUCACAUUGAGGUUAUUAUUUAAUCAUGAAAUUAUUCAAAUGCAGAAAACUAUUUAGGAGAAUGAAUUCAAUCUUCUCCUUUUAUUUUUUCUGGGAGAUAUAAGAAUGGUACAAUCAUCAUUAUUAGAGUAACACGUGUACUAUAAUAAAAAAAAUGCAUAUCUGCUUGCCCUAACAAAUUUGUAGGUUAGAUAUUGAAACCAUUACCA